UGCAAUAAGAUUAAAAAGCGCGGUCAAUGCCAAAUUAACAUCAGAUCAACGAGAGCACUUUGGGCGAAAGCAUCAUGGGUGCCACGUCCGUUCAUUAUGUUGCCCUGUUUUUCUUCUACAUCUUGGCACUUUUUGCCUUUGCAGAGGGGACAGAAACAACCUGUAGCUCAUGCAAAGGCCAAGACUGUUCGCAGCUAGAAAAAUCCCUGAAGAAAAGCGAAUUUCUUAUUACAGAAAUCAAAGAUAUCAUGCUAGAGAAAGAGUCCGAAAAUAGGCUUGUCAGGAAACAGAUUGUGGACUCCAACACCGCUACUGCUAAGGCGAUAGAAAAACUUACUCAGAGGUUGGGACUUGUAGAGGCGAGUUCGAAAACGUUGGCGAAUAGUGUCGCUGCACUCAACUCACGAUCUAACGAAUUCAGCGAAGAACUUAAAACUGUGACCGAGGUUUUGAACUCUACCAGUGGCCUAAGAUCAGAUAAUAAGGUGCAGGAAUGCGAUGUUUUGGCAGAAGAACUGGCAAAAGCAAAAUCCGACUUUGAAUUGCAGCUGAACGAGACAAAACGCCUUUACGAAAUGGAAACUUUGAAAUAUAAUAAGCUGCAGCUCAUGAUGAAGACACACAUUGGUAAAAUAGGUGGCCCAAACAUGCUUUUUGCAAAUGGAGUUUGGUACCAGUUUGUGAAUAGUUUGAUGACGUGGAGAAACGCUAAAUCGUAUUGCGAAAACCUCGGCAUGGUUUUGCCUGACGUGAAAACUGGUCCCGAACUGGCGGCGGUUUGGGCCAAAGCUAAAGGCAUUAACAGCCCACAUGGUUGGUGGAUCCAUGGUACAGACGAAGGUCGGCCUAGGGGAAGUUACUUGUGGAGCGACGGUAGCGUUGUGGAUGUGAAUGCAAAAAACGGCUUGUGGUAUGCUGGGCAUCCUUACAAUUAUACAGGCCAUAGUGGUUCUCAAUGCUUGUGUUUCUGGUACGACAAACAAUUUGUGCUACUUUGUACCGAAAAAAAGCCUUUUAUAUGUGCAAUUCCUAUGUAAAAAAAAUUAUAAUAAUUUUUGUGGCUCUUCCAGAUAUGAAUAAAGGCUGCACAUUAUUAUUUUCUUUAAAUAUUUUUGCAAGUUCAUGCGAUUUUUAACAUUCGCAUUAUGUGAAAAGUAAAUAAAAUCUAGAAUACAUUAAAGUGAGUAAAAAA